AUGUUAAUAUUAUUUUUGUUCACCUUAUGUUAUGCUGGUACGAUUUGGCCAGGCUUUAUUAGUAACACAAUUGCAAAUCGAAAUCAGUAUUCUGAUUAUACAAUCUAAGUGAUUCCUGAGACUAAUGUUCCUGCAGGUGGUUAUAUUGAAAUUGUAUUCCCAAUCCAAUAUUAAUCAGGAUUGGGAGAGAAGGCCUAUUGCACUAAUUGCACUAUAAGCGGACACACGAUUUCCUUUUAUUUUGCCGAUACUCCGAUUUUGAGUGUAGCCAACACACUCUACAUAUACAACAUUCUAAAUCCUGCAGAAAGAGGAGGAACUGGUAAUUUUAUAAUCAGAACAAAAAGAUUUGAAUUCAUAUACGACGAAAACCUCAUAUUCCAAACCAUCGGCAUAGCUGAUGACAUCGCCUAAUUGAGUUCAUGCAUUGUUUCAUUUGUCGACUCCCCCACUUCGGGUAGUUUGGGUAAAUACAACUUCGCCUUCAAAACCAACAUCAACUUGCCCUUGGGCACCACCAUCCAACUAUUCAUCCCCAACGUAUUCAUAAUCUCAGACAACCCCUCCUGUUCACUCUACUCAAUCAAUGAUCUUGUGAUUGAGGGAAACGUCGUCUGCAAAUUAUUGGACGGGAGUCGAGUGCAAGUGAGUGGCUUUUCGAAUGAUAUCACCUCAGGCAGUGAAGUGGGAAUUCAAAUAUCACUCACUAACCCCUCCUACUCCUAAGUGACUUCAGCCUUCACCAUCGCAGCUUACAGAUAUGGAACCUCCAUCAUCUACACUUGGAAGACGGGCAUCAAUGGCAUUCAGAUAUUGCCUGGUCUAAUCAAAGACAUAUCCCUCUUGCCCUUGUAGAAAGUCAGACUGGCUACAGACAAAAUAGUUGAUUAUCAAUUGAAAUUCCUCCCAACCAAUUCAUUGCCAGCAGGCUCAGCAAUCAUGAUCAAAUUCCCAAACACCUUUACAUUAGAAACAGGCGAACCCUACUUAUUUUUCAAAUCUGGUUUGGAAGACAUUUCUGAGAGCAGUCCUUUGCAAAUAACCGCUUUAGGUCUAGGCACUGACAUUUUGAUAUCAAAUUAUAAGCCCACACUUCCAAAUCAAAUCAUAAUUUAAUUCAGAGCGAGGAAUCCCUCAACUGCAGGUCCCUCUUCUGCUUUGGACAUUCGAACUUGCACUGAUAACACCUGUGCUAACAUCAUUGAUUAAAAUAAAGUGGAUGCCAUAAUCUAAGUGGAAUUUGUGGCUUCCCUUCCCUUUGCAUAAGUAGCAUUGUCUCCAUCCACAUCCCAACAAACUCCCACUGACAUCACAUUCACUAUAAUUCCUACAUUUGUGAUUCCUGGAGGAGCCUACAUCAAAGUGCUCCUAGACUCUGCAUUCUAUGUAGGCACUGUUUCAGCAGCCAAUUGCCUCUCCUCACUAAUGAUACCAUCAAUAAUGUGCAAUAAAUCCGACAACCUCAUCACAUGGCAAAACCCAGCCUCCGUUCAAUACAACGUCAAUCUUGCACAAAACUUUUACAUUAACAAUUUAGUCCAAACUCCCACCUACUCAGGAACCUACACUGUGGAUAUAGAAAUAUACAAUUCAUAGGGAACUUUACUCUAAUCGUAUACCAAUUUUAUGGUUGUGGGUCCUUAGGUUCUUGCAUCUCCCACUUUGGAGUUCGUAGGUCCCGAACAAUCAGUAGUUGGCACUCCGAAUAUACCUAGAUACAGCAUCUUGAUAACGACAUUCUACAAUUAAAUAGUCAUCCCAGAGGGUGGGUACGAUUCAACCAAAUAAAAAGCUCAAGGGAGAAUUAAGUUUCAAUUUCCAGCCAACUCGAACUAUCUCAACAAUUUUAUAGGCACUGUCUACAAGGAUGGUGAUUAAAUACCUUGCAAGGCUGUAAAGGGCUUAUUGCCAAUGGAAAACCUGAAGAUCUAAUGCAAUAUCUAUUAUAAUGCUGGUGGAGCCUUCAUUAUCAUGAGGAACUUUAAGGAAAUCCCUUAUCGGAGCAAUAUUGAAAUCCAUAUACCUAAUAUUUAAAAUCCUGCAGCUGCAACUGCUGGGUUUACGUUCACUAUUCUACAGAAGCAAUUUGGAGUUGACACAGACUUAAACUAUUUCACAAUAACAUAGACUUUCAGAACUCAAUUUAGUUUAAAUCCAGGAGUGUCAGUAAGUUAAAUGCAAAUAAGUAAUACAAAACUAUCAGGAGUGUUCAAUGUCUCCAUGGAUAUAGUGCCAGGUAAUGAUUUCGAUGAUGGAACUGAUUUCAUAGUGAAAUUGCCUGGCUAUGAUACUAUGUUCAUUCCUGAUGAGGAGAUUGUUGUUUGUUACAUUGAUAACUAUUUGACUCCAUGCGUUACCUACCCUGGUGUUGAUUGGAUAUUAAUGAGAAUCAAGUCACCUCAAGUUCAUUACUACACAGCCCCAGUAAAACCAAAAUUGCAUAUCUACAAUCUUAGAUGGCCACGCUAUUCUGACUCUGUUGGAUGGGUUCUAUGGACCAUGUUGAAGGAUCCUUUCAGUUCUGGCAUGAAUUACGAAGUUGAAGCCAGAACCCUCUAUUACAAUGGAGGUACCGACAAAUUUCCAGCUCCUGAUGUUAACGAUUUUGAUGAAGCCUAGAUUUUAUCACCCAAAAAGGGAAAGGGAUUUGUGGGUCUGAAUUUCGAAUUCUACUUUAAAACCAAAUAUUUGAUUCCUGAUGGAAGUGAGUUCAUAUUAACUUUUCCUAUCGAUUUUAGUUUGGAUGGUUCUUAUCCCUAACCACAAUUCUAGGCUCCUUAAUUUUAUUCACAAAGCGACUCCAAACCAUUAUUAUUCGUAGUAUCUGGAAAUGUACUUAGAGUCAAGAACAUUCAUGAACAUCCUGCCAGUGGGCCUUUCAGAAUCAUAGUACAAGGAGUCAAGUCUAGUAAGCAGCCAUCCAUUCCCUAAGCUAAACCAUUUCUGGCUGAAUUGCAAGUGGGUGGCAAAUCAAUAGUCAAGACCUAAGAUACGAUCAAUGGAUUCGAUUAUUUUGAUUAUGGAACUGAUUUCGUUCCAGGCAAAGUAAUAUUCAACUCUAUAACUGCCUUCCCAUCAAAUUAAUUGGAAUAUGCAAGCUACGAAUUCACAUUCAUUUUAACAAACGAAUUGCUGGCAGGAGGAGAAAUUUCGAUAACAUUCCCCAAAGAAUUUUAUCCCAAACUUCCAAUUCCUGAAGUAGAUUGCAGAUGCAAUGUAACAGGAGCUUUGACAUCAUUUAAAAGUUGCAAAUUGUGGGAUUACACAUACAUAAUGAUAACAGAUGAGAGAUAUCAGAGUGGUGAAAUUACAUUUUAAAUCAACAAUGUAUUGAAUCCAUUGUCUGGGAAUGCUGGACUAUUCACAAUAACUAGCAAAUAUGAUGGCACAUUCUUAGAUAUAUCCGAUGAUACCUUAUAGACUGUUAGAUAACUCUUCAUCUCUCCUAAGUCUGAGCCAGUCUUAGUUCAAAGCAUAGACUUUGCCCCUAGAAAUGAAGGUGAAGAAGCCACGUACACCUUUUAAUUUGUUCCGUCGACCUACAUAGAUUCUGCCUUCAUUGUGUUGGAAUUCCCUUAAAACUAUGACACUCGAUUGGGAAACACUGUGAUUUGUAAGCCAUAUGAUUGCAUAGCUCAAAAUCGAUAAAUUUGGGUGAGUGGAGUCACCAAUUAUCUACCUUUAGGAACAGAUCCAAUCAUUGUGAUUGUUUCAGGCAUUGUCAAUCCCAACUAAAAUGUUAACGAUCAAUGGACUGGCUACUUCGGAAUUGGUGUCAUCAAAUAGAACACCUACAAUUACAUAGAUUAUAACUCUAAGGCUGGUAGACUCUAAGUUGUGUAAGCCCCAGGAUGGUCCUAUCUGUAUAAUGUCCUCCCUCAGAACCUAUAUUCAAGAUGGAGCAAUACAUCAUACAUGUUCAAUAUGACCGCUUUGUUGUAUGUGCCCAAGGAAAGCAGUUAAGGAAGCAUCAUCAUUGAUUUCCCUAAACAGUUUGAUAUUCCUGAUGGUUCUAAAAAAUGUGCAGUACAUAAGUCUACAUUCGCAUAGAAAUUGACAUGUACUUCUUUGACGAAUAGCAUCACAAUACAGGGAAAUACAGAAGACAAGAAUGGUAUCAUUACAUUCAAUGUCACUGACAUUGCAAAUCCUUCUGAUGAAGUCACCAUUGAUUAAAUUUUGGUGAAAACAUACGAUGGAUUCAAGAAGUAGAUUAUUGAAAAAUCAUACAAAAAUCUGGAUCCAUGGACCUUUACUUACAAAUUCCCAGGACCUUUGAUUACCAUCAAUGACGACAGUGUGAUUACUGUUGAAAGGGGAACUCAAACAAAAGAUUUAUGGUUUAAAGUUGCCUAUCCUUGUGCUUUGGAUUUAGUAUUCACUCCAAUCAGCGAGUUAACAAUUGUUCCAAACAAGAUCAAACUAUCAUUAACAGAUAUACAACAGAAAUUUAGAGUAUCUGCAUCUCAAACUCUACAGCCAGGAACAUAUUACAUAACUUGGAAAGUAAGUGGAGAACUAGCUGAUGUCCCGUACUAUACUCCAGUUAAAAAAAGUACAGUAAAGGUGACGAACAACAAAAAUAUUAGAGUGAAUGUACCUACUCUAAAUGAAGUGCCAAUUGGCGGUAAUUCACUUGACACCUAUGUAUCAGUAGACUAUGCUCCUGAUUUAGGCUUUGAGAUUUUAUUAACCUCUUUGAGCACAGCCUUAACCUUGGAUAAGAGGAGUAUGCAAUUUGUAGCUGGUCAAAAUAAUGCCACUUUCAGGGUGAGUUGUAAUAAAACUGAGUAUCAAAAGGUAUCAAGUAAUAAUCUCCAAAUCUCAUUGACAUUAAGUGGGAUUAAUAAGGAGGUCUAUUUGUUGACCUAAACUCGGAUUGACAUCACUAUUAUCUAAGAGGAUUCAGAGCCUCCAUUUAUCACUGGAUUGUUGAAUGAUCAAACUAGUUAAACUUAGACUAAUAUAAUAUUUAGUGUUGGGGAAAUUGCCGUCGUGUACUAUAUGAUUGCACUCUAAGGAACAUAGCAACCAUCCAACAAAUAAUUGCUUGAUUUAGGUCCUGCAUUGUAUAAUACUACUCAAUCUCAAUUUGGAAAGGUUUCGAUUGGCAAAACCAACACAGCUACUGUAAGAAUAAGGAAUCUAAGAGCACAAACCAAUUAUGUAGUGUAUGCCAUAGCUGAGGAUAGAAGUUCCUUGUUUAGCGAUAUCAAAUCCCUCAAGUUUAAUACUACCAAUAGAUUCAAUGCCAGUAGUGUCACACUUACCUUCAAAUAGAGUUACUUAAAUUAAGCCGAAAGGCAGAACAUCAUGAAGAAAAUAGCUUUUGUGUUGUCCAUGCCUCCUGCCAAAGUCAUAGAGAAAACAACUUACACUACUUAAAGACUAUUGUAAUCUGUCUCAAUUGGAUUAUCCAUUUAUUUGAUCAGCAUCCCAACUACUGAAAACUUCCCUUCACCUUAUAACAUGGUCGCAAUCCUUAACUCAAGAUUAACCCAACUAUCAAAACUAGUAUCUAAUCUUGAUACCACAACCAAAUUAGUGCCAUAGGACUUUUCACCUGUUUAUCCAUCCUUUAUGACCAAACCUUCUUAAGUUAGUUCUGAUUUCACUACCUGCACUGUCCAAGGCACUCUUGAUAUGGUUGGGGCACUAUUUGUCAUUUCUGUCUAGGCCGCUUAGGAUACUGCUUCUCCCUUGGCUUAAUAAGUAUGGUGGGGAUAUAAUAGUUAAAAUCUAGUUAUGCCAGCCAAUUGGGCUCAAGUAACCGUUCCAAAUCAAGCCUAUCAAAUCAUAAUCGAGAACCUCACUUUAGACACUGAUUACAAUGUUUAUAUGAUUGCAGGUUCAGCACACCCUGGCUACCCAGACCUAUCAACAGAAGAGAAGGCUGUGAAUUUGGUUUCAUGUAGAACCAAAGCUUAACAACCAGAUACUAUCUUGGAUAUCAAUUGGGCUAAAUUAUUGAUCAUGAACAUUUUAGUAUUAAUUACAUUUUGA